ACACACCACACCAACUGUGGCAGUUGCACACAACACCCCAAAACUCGGAGAAGGUCGCAACAUCAGACUGUUUCUGCACAGGACACUUGGAUCUUUUGCAACACAAGCGGUUCAAUCAAUCUGAAUAAAGAGUCGCGCCCGAACCACAAGAUCGUGCUUGUCUGGGACGUCAUCACUUUCCAGCCGGGGCCUAGCUCCAAAACAACGCGCACCUGGCUCGACAACUUGACUUGCCGGGGCUGUUGAUCUCGGCCACUCAGCAUCCUGGAAACGCUGAAGCUCACAUCGUCCGAUUCCCUCUGUCAAGCUGACGAGCUACCCGUUCAGCCUGGAUGAAGCGAGAACUCGAGGCCAUUUUUGGGGAGUUGGGUAUCACCCAGUAUCUCGAUGCCUUUCUGGAGCAGGGAUUCGACACAUGGGAGACCAUCUUGGACAUUACCGAGUCUGACCUGUACGUGGGAAGAGUGCCUCGGCGUUUGUUGAGAUGGGGGGCUUACGGUUAUGCUGACCGGGUGAAAUGUGGCAGCGAUGCUCUGGGAGUGAAGCUGGGCCAUCGACGGAAACUACAACGGCGGAUAGCAAACUCCCGCGGGGUCGCGCCUGAAGCGUCCCUGGUGUCUCCGACCCAGCCGAGCAUCGAGGAGUUCAAAUUUCAGGAUGCAUGCAGGGCUGAGGCUUCAAAGCCUGAAAGUCGAGAAACAGUCGGCGUCAUUAUCACGAAACGCAAGUACCGGCGGCAUCCAAAGCCCGAUCAAAAUGCGCCGGAGCGGCCCCCGUCGGCUUACGUACUUUUCUCUAACAAAAUGCGCGACGAUCUCAAAGGCCGUAAUUUGACCUUCACCGAGAUUGCCAAGCUUGUCGGAGAGAACUGGCAAAACCUCUCCCCUGCCGAGAAGGAACCAUAUGAAUCGCAGGCACAGGCGAUCAAGGACAAGUACUUGAGAGACCUCGCAGAGUACAAAAAGACGCCCGAGUACCAGAGAUAUAUGGCUUAUCUGCAGGAGUUCAAGGCCAAGCAUGCCCCGUCACAAGACAAGGAUGCCUCGAAAAGAGUGAGGCUUUCGGACUCGGGAAGCCAAAGUCGUGGCAGCCCCAGCGCAAAUCCAACAAGGAUGAGCAGGAGUGACAGUGGCACAAGCAGUCUCAAAGGAAGUGAGCCCCCGACCGAACGACAGCAGAGGCUUGACUCUACUGUUUCUUCAGGCGAGUCCCAGAACGCGGGUGCUUCUGUGGCCCCGCCCAUGACAAUUCCUUCCCCGGACGAGUCUAUCGAUUCCCCCGUCCUGAGCAACGGCGACCGCUCACCAGUUCCCACUGCGUAUCUGAGGGAUUUGUCUCGGCUAAGCGCCCCUUCAAGCUCCAGCCUAGGAGACGACCGGGGCAGGGAGCAGCAGAACAUUCAGAGGCAUCUUCCGUCCCUUUCUGAUGUCUUCGAUGAGCAGAACCGGUUGCUAGGAACCAUGUCACCCUCUAGUGAAUGCAACGGAUUUCAUUUCCCAGUGACCCAUGCUAGCAAUGCAGGACCUCCACUGGGCUACAACGGCAUCAAUUCGCGUGGGCCAACGUUCCGAACCGAACAGGCAUCGCCGUCGAUCUCAUCGCAAAGCCCACAAAAUCCGCCCUACAGCCAUUCCCGGACGCCAGCUGACGGUUCGUUGCCCAUCCACGCUCUACUGGCGUCGAGGCCGGAAGCUGCGUACAGACCGGAAGUCGCAUAUGAGCCCAGCCAGCCACCGCUUCACGCCCAUGAGAGCUCCUUCCACGUGGAACAGAAACCGCUGCUGACGCACCAAUCCCCGAACGGUGUGGGCUUCCCAACGGCCAAUGGUCAUCACUCCCCCCUUUCAAUCCCAUACGGCCACCUGAGUGCUCCUUCCACGAGCUCCGGCUUCUAUCCUCGAUCCUCCUCGCCUUCUGCCAGGUUGCCCUAUCAAGGGAAGCACAGUGCUAGUCUUGACGGGAUGAGCGCCCUCCUCAAAGCGGGGGAGAUAGUUGACCGCAGAGCUCAGUGACAAUUACCUCGGACCAGCUCGCCAUCAAUGGCGUACUGACAUGUAUUGCUUACGCUUGCCGCAACCAAAGCCCAUCCUGGUGCUUUUUGCCCA